CCUGAACUUAUGUGAAAAAUAUUCAUUUUAUCCAAAUCUUUAUCCUCGCAAUCCAAGUUUUUUCAUUUUGAUUCCUCCACAUAAGUAUGUCCGUAUACGAGAGUAGAUAAUUAAUUUUUCUUUUGUGUUGUUGAAAAAAUAAAGGGGGAAAAUGGCUCUGCGGUUCUGUCACCCUCUUCGCCUCCCCUCCACCCUCCCCCGCGGCAGCCCGAAGCUGGCACUCCGUACCUUAAAAUGCUCCGCGGAUAACCAGACCGUCGACACCCGCAAGCUUGUGGUGGAAGUCAAGCAAAAGCUGGAGUUGGAGCAUCCAUACCUACCAAUGGGCAGGAACGGAAGAGAUGAUGAAGACAUGAUCCUUUGGUUUUUGAAAGAUAGAAAGUUCUCUGUAGAAGAUGCUACUGCAAAAUUACUCAAAGCUAUUCAAUGGCGCAAAGAAUUUGGUGUCGCUGAAUUAUCUGAAGAGUCUGUGAAGAACAUGUACAGAACAGGAAAAGCCUAUGUGCAUGACUUCCUUGACAUCAAUGGUAGACCAGUACUGGUUGUAGUGGCAUCCAAGCAUUUCCCAUCGAAGCAGGAUACCAGUGAGAAUGAAAAGCUUUGUGUAUACAUGGUGGAGAAGGCAAUAAGUAAACUUCCAGAUGGAGUAGAGGAAAUACUUGGGAUCGUUGAUCUACGUGGGUUUGGAGUGGAGAAUGGAGAUGUUGGUUUUUUGAAAUUCCUGAUAGAUGUUUUCUACUAUUACUACCCAAAGCGGCUUGGUCAACUCCUCUUUGUGGAAGCUCCAUUUGUAUUUCAGCCAAUUUGGAAGCUUGUUAAGCCAUUAAUGAGAUCAUAUUCUUCCCUGGUGAGAUUUUGUGAUGUGGAGACUGUCAGGAAGGAAUAUUUUACUGCAGAGACGCUGCCAGCGGACUUCAAAAUUUGAGUCUAUUUGAUCUUUAAUUAAGUACGCGACAUGUAUCAAAAUUUGAGUCUAUGCAGCUUUGACGAUAUGUAUUUAUUCUUGGGUUGUCAACGAUAACUUGAUACUGCGUUUCUGGUAGACAGCACAUUGCAUAAGUUUAUAACUCGAUACUGUGUUUCUGGUAGACAGCACAUUGCAUAAGUUUAUAACUCAACCUCGAAAAGGAUGUGUAACAUCAGCUUCAUCAAUUCGAGCAAAUAAAGAGGAUUACAGGUGUAUUGAGUCUUAA